CGGCGGCCCGGUUGGCUGAUCCUCCGCUUCUUCUCUCGCCAUCGUCGCCAUCCUCUUGGCGCGGCCGGCGUCGCAGAUCAAAAAAGAAAAUACAAGCGCGAACGCCAAAUUGCGCUAGGGAGCGUAUCGCGGACGCCGCUGGCGCCGGCACACACACGCACACACGACGCGCGCUCGUUGCGCCGUGCAUUUCGCGCCGCGCUCGCUAGGUUUCGGAUGCUGCUGGCAGCGCUGCGCGUGUGGCUAGCGUUCUUCGUGCCCGAAGUCGUCGUCUGCUCCAGGCCGCUGUUCCCGCAGUGGUGGUGUGGUGGCCGCAGCGAAGGUGCCCCGCGACGGCUUUCUUUUCUUUUCUACUACAACGAUCGAUUGCGCCCCGCCAAAGUCGUCCUCGCAAAUCGUGUCUAUGAUCCAGCCAAGAUGUGAUGAUUCCUCUGUGUUGUAUUUUUUUUCGUGAUCCCCGCCGCCGCCGCCGCUAAUCCCCGGCGCCCCCUGCCUCGAAUCCCGACCGACGCCUACUCUGGUCGUGCUGUGAGUUGAUUCAUCGAAAGUGCUUGCCUUAGAGGCGGGUCUAUGCGUCCACCUGUUCGUGUUCGUGCGAUGUGUGUUCGAGGGAAUGUGUGAGUGAGUUGGAAGAAGUGCUGUGAAGUUCUGACGGAAUUCGGGCCUCUCGAGAAGCCCACGCGGCGUCGGGCCCGCGAGCCGGCGUUCGACGACAUCGACUUCGCUCGUUGGAUUUGUGAACUGUAUCCGUAGCUUGCACCAUGUGCAUCGAUGUGCCUGUUGGAUAAAUCUUGUAGAUCGGAAUUUUCGACGGCCUUAGAUUCGGCAGUUUGAAAGGAAAGCACACAAGGAGCUCGUCGCUGGUCUUUUGAGACGCUGAGAAGAAGCCAGCCUUUCAUUCAAGAGCGAGAACGGCUGCCGCACGUGCCGGCCAUUUUCUUCAAGACCAUAACAAGUGGUGCUCAGGCAGUGGAUCCAAGUCCCUUUCGGAAAGCCGCUGGCUUCGGCUUGCCAUUGAGCGGACGCCGUGGGUGUUUCAGCAGGCAAACGCCCCGCGCUUCCUGGAAGCAUUCGUGCAGCACGUUUGCAGUGCCGGAUGAAGAGCUUCGACUCGACUUUGUGGCCGUUGAGAAAGUGCUCUGAUAAGUCGUGCACGACGACUCGGCACUGAGGAGAGCCGGAAGUGUCUUCCGGAAGGUAAAACGUUCUGGCUACCGUACCACGCGUCAAGCGGCCACUUCUCGAAUGAGGCGACUCGGGGGGGGGGGGGGGGGGCGGCGUCUUCGCCAGCGCGGUUCCCGAGGUCGUAGCGGCUAGGUAGUCGCUAAGGACAAAUCGUCAAGAGUUUCCGGCGUCGUGGCUCUCCGCCAUGCGGCGUCGCCGGAGCCUGCAGCUGAUGGGCUGGCUUCUUCUGGCCGCCAUGGCUACCCUGGCGCUGCUGGGCGCGCCGCCAUGGCCUUCUGGCGGGGACUACUCAUCCUCGGCGCCGGCGGAGUUGACACGUCACCCGUUCUGGACGUACGACCCGGUUGUCCAAGAGCCCCGCGACGCGCGCCAGCUGUGCUCGCUGCCCGUGGUUCACCCGCUGCACCCAAGCGUGUGGCCUCACCUCAAGCGUACAGUGCCCAUACAGUGCAAGGUUCGGCAACCGUGGCUGACGUUCGUGGACAUCCGAGGAAACCUGCGCUUCAACCACAGCUCGGGUUACAAGCUCGGCUCUCUGCGAUGCGCAUACACUCCGGCCGAACGAGACGGAGACGACCGAAUAAAAUACGGGAAAUCGGUGCCUUUCACACGUGACGAAACUCCACUCCAGAAGGACGUGGUGUACGUCUCGUGUCGCAAUUACUUCGAAAUACCCGUCUACUCAAACGUCCACGCAGUACUGCGAAUACCAAAGUCGAUACGUCACCGGAGUUCGGUGAUGACGUCACCGCCACCUGAACCACACGAUCGGCCCAGUAUCCUGGUGUUCGGUCUCGACUCGAUUUCAAGGCUGUCGAUGAUGCGGCUGCUGCCCAAGACUUACACCUUCCUCACCGACGUUCUAGGCUCGGUCGUCUUUAGGGGAAUGAACAAGGUCGGCGACAACACAUUUCCCAACCUGGUAGCGCUGCUCACCGGCAUGGAGGCCUACACGCAGCUGAAGCAUCCCGGCACGAAUGGAGGUACCUUCGACGACGUCCGCUUCAUCUGGGACGACUUCAAACGCGACGACUACUUGACUCUAUUCGCCGAAGACUUCCCCGAGUACGGAGUCUUCAAUUACCUUGCGCGAGGUUUCAGGGAUCCACCGACUGAUUUUUACUUUCGCCCAUACUGCCUUGCCAUGGAAAAGUCGUUCUUAAUGAGGACGAGCUCCAAUCUAUGUUAUGGCAACGUUCCUAAGCACAAGCUUCAGAUAGACUACGUCCGACAGUUUAUCGAAGUCAACAACGGGUCGCGGCCCUACUUCGCGUUCUCCUUUCUCGUCGAGAUCAGCCACGAGUACAUGCAGCAGGUAGCCGCGGCCGACGAAGACAUCUUACAGUUCCUCACUGAAUUACGAGACCGUGGCCACCUGGACAACACGUUCCUCUUCUUCCUCUCCGACCAUGGCCACAGGUUCGACUCCAUUCGGGAGACCUUCGUCGGCAGGCUAGAGGAGCGGCUUCCUUUCUUCGCCGUGAGGCCGCCUCCUCGAUCGUCGUGGCCCAAGCAUGACUCAGGGACGCACCAAGGCAGUGUGACCAGCGACUCCGGAUCUGCAGCCAGUUCUCUAGCGGAGUCCGCAGCAGUAACGUCGGCAUCUCUGCUGAAGGCGCUGCAGUCGAACGCUGGUCGGCUAACGACGCCUUACGACACGUACGAGACCUUCAGGGACAUCUUAUCCUUGGGAAGGUACGGCAGCUUCGCCGACAAGCCAAGAUCGGACUUUGGCAUAAGCCUGUUUCGCGAGAUACCUUUUAGCCGUACGUGCGAUCUCGCAAAGGUUCCGGAACAGUAUUGCUCCUGCGACGCCGAGGAACCGAUGGAAGUGUCCAGUAAGAUCGUGGAGAAGGCGGCGCUGGCGCUCGUCGACAAGGUCAACAACCUCCUCGAAGUCGGUCUCGGGAACAGUUCGUACCGGUGCGCGCGCCUCACCAUGCGCAGGAUUCAGGACGCCCGGGAGGUGUUUAGUAGCGUUAGGAGCUCGUCGUCGUCGUCUUCGCCAAACAAGUCUUCUCACCCCGCCAACGGGCUCGGGAACAAGUCUGCCGCCGAUGUGGACCAUCACGCGGCCAAUGUGCGCAGGAUUCGGGUGACGGUGGUCGUGAACCCCAGCGACGCGAUGCUUGAGGGACUGCUCCUCGUUCGGGAGGACCAGAGGCUGGUCGUCUUCGACGACAUCAGCCGCAUCAACAAGUACGGCCGCCAGUCGUCUUGCAUCGAGCACCAGACGCUGAGGAAGUACUGCUACUGCAUUCAGAAUCAGUGAUUUGGCGUCGGCUCGAUCGUUUUUCAAUGGGGUGGUUCUCAAGAAAAAGGACGCCGUGCAUAGGCAACCUCUAGAGGCAACUAAGUUCUUGUUCUGUGAUCAUUUUGAGAAUAGUGUGUUACAUUUUUGGCUGUUACUUCUUUGUCUGCAGUAUUCCUAAUUUAACAUUUACUUGUGUGAUGUGGGCUAGCCUGCAUUAGCGCAUGGCGCUGUAGCGGCUGGUGCCCGUACAUGUUUGCCUAUCAUUUUGUCAUUAGCUGGUUUUGGUCAGUUUGCGAUUCACUAAUUUAGUUACUUCGGUGUAAGUAAAUCUCUGAGAGCACCUUCAUUUGAUGAGGUCCUUCAGAAGGAUAUUUUUGUGCAUCGUUACAUGUAACAGUAGUUCUAGAAAACAAAAGCCUGUGCGAGACUCUCAAUGUAUAAAUUGCAAAUUGAUCCGACGGUGUUAUUUUAAUGCCGCAAAGCAAUGUGUAACUCGUUUCGACGCCUGUUCCUACAGAAAUUUAUAACGAUAUGAUUUAGGUACAAUUGGAAGUGACCGAAACGCACUCUAACGGAUUAAACCAGUUACAAAAUUACGAUUAGCACAAACAUAUGUAAUAUAUUCACCUGUGCCAAGUGUAUUCGAGAUCGCGUUUAUGAACAGGCCUUGUAGACGGAGCCGUCGACUGAUAAAUGUACCUAAAAUUUGAUGCGCUCCUGCGAUCGAAGCUUUUGUUAGUACAAGCAUAACGCGUAAGCUAACUUUACUUGCGCGCUAUGUUUCAUGUCAACCUCAAGAUAAAGAAACAUACUGGAAAGGUAACACGUAACUAUGAUGCUGCCAGGCGACAUUGUUUUUAUUAUUUGAACAAAUUAUUCGCUGUUUAGUUCAGCGUUUCGCCUUUUCAUCUGUUACCAGGUAAUUUAGACAAAGUCUGCAUAGUGUUGUGGCCAUCCACAUAAGUUGUACUAAAGCUCCUUAAAAUAUAAUCUCGAAUCCGCAAGGAAAGUUAGAUAAGGAUCCUGCUCAUCGCGAAGUGUGCCGCCUUCAAGAAGCGAAGAAUGCAGCGAUGUAUGAACAGUCUGUUUUGUGCAAGUUGGAGGGGUGCACUCUACUACAUCAGACUUCACCGGUGAACUCCAUCUGAAAUUGUUCUGUCUGAAGGAUCAUCUCGCAAGGCUGCUAGACAACUCUGAGCUUUUUUUUUUUUUUUUUUUUCGCUGUGCUGCGAAGAGUGUAGUGCGGUGAAGUGCAUCGCGUCACGCGUUUGUGUGUGUGUGUCCGUGCGCAAGACGUUUCUAGGAGUGACAUCGUAGUCCUUUGACUCUGGGAUCGCUGGCGAUCUCGAACAUCGCUAAACACUAUUGCCGGUACUUCACGUGUGAGCUAGCCUGUUUAUUUAUAUGCUGACAGGCAUCUGUAGCUAGGAGUGUCUUGUUUCUAUUUGAGAGAACGAAGCAGUGUUAAUCCUGCAACUUGAUCAACUUAGGUUGAGAAACCCUCGCGCAGCGACGCUGGUCGCCAUUUCCCACACCUUCUGGAACGAGUGAAUGUCUCUCUUUUGCAGAUAUCUUGUUUGUAAAAUGUGUUAUGUUAUUUGCAGGUCCGCAUUUCUUAUUGUGGUAUCAUUAUGCGUGUUCAUCUUCAUAUUUGUUAAUGUUUCUGCUUCUGGGUAGUGUGUUGUAACGACGCGUUUGACGUGCAACUUUUUUUUUGUCGAUGACGUCAUUACUGUGUGGUCGAGGAACGUUAGCAUAGACGUCGACAUAAAACUAUCCAGUAACUCUUCCCCAAUUGUACAGCCGCAACGCGGCCUUGUCUUGCCAAGCCUCGCUCCAUUUCGGUUUGCAGAAAGAGUUACGCGAAGGUUUUGAAAACUAGAAGUCAGUAUAUAUAAAAACUAAGUUGGCCUCGGCUGUUGCGUCUCGUGCCGUGACGUACAAGUGACGCAGGAAACUGACGCUGAAAGCGGAAACUAGUGAAGAGUCGUUACUACGCACUAUUCUUGUUAUGUUUUUUUGUUUUGUUUUUGUUUUCAAUAGUGGAAAUCUCUUUGAUACUGUGUGUUUGUUUUGUUUUUGUUUUGUUUUUGGCACAGUUCUUGGGUGCCCUCAACGCCUUGAAACCGCAGUUACCACUCAUCAUCAGGGUCUCCCGUUACUACUGCUCAAAGCACAAGCGACCGCCUUUGAAAAAUCCUCGACGUGUUCAUGCCUCUAGAGCGUGUUGUAAAAUAGAUAGUUUGUUCGACAAGCUACACUCUACACCUCGCUGACCACAAUGCCUCGUGAGUAAUUCAAACCGAACUUACACCCUCCGUAGAGACGUGCCCUCUCUCCCUGACCUCCGCUGAAGUGAGCCAGAAAACUGACGGCACACUUUGGGUCGAGCACAUGUGACGUGACGGCCUUCUGAGUAUCGAGUGACCGCAACGGAUAGGUGUCCCAGUUAACUGUUUGCAGGAUCGUUAUACGACUACGAGACAACAGUUAUACGGUCAGGAUCGUGCUCCCAUGGAACAGAUGCGUGCGACGUUCGACUAGUGGUUAUAACCGGAUACAUGGUCGUCACUCAGAGCCUUGUCGUGUGUGUUGUUUAUGCAUUUCUUGCAUGUCGUAUACCGCCUCGCGUGCCGUUGCACCCCUGAGAACUAGCAGCGUGAUAUUCCGUGGCUUGAACGCGAGCUAGCCGAAAGGGUUCACCGUUGUCUGCACCGUGUCGUCUAGCGGAACGCUUACGAAAUCGAAAUCUCGUUCGCGGUCCUGGCUGCGUGUCCAGCGACGCAUGACGCGGAACGCGCUUGGUCAAUACUGACCGCAAUGGGUAAUGAAGCGCCGCUUGUAUUUAACCUUGGGUGUAUGAGCCUUCAUUGGAAUAGUCCCGCGGGUCGCUUGUUUGAAGCUUGAAAUAACGAAACUGCGCCAGUUGGCGACUCACACUAACAUAGAACAAGUGAAAUGACUACAGAGUCAUCGGUUUUUUAGAUUUCCUAAACUGAUUACUAAAGAAAAUUUGAGCCUGCAAUUAUUAAACAACUAGGAAUACGGCGGGCGAGACGUCAAUCGUUUCUCUAUAGCGAACGUCAUUGUUUACAGAGAAAACACUGACUCCUAAUUUAUUACUUUAGCUUGAACAGCAGUGCCAAGUGGUAUUUCUGCACGUUUCUUCGAUUUUUCCUGGUGUUAUAAAUCUGUAGUUGUUUCUACUUCAGAUGGUAAUUAUCAGCGCAAAAAUACGUCUAGCACAAAAAUAUAUCUAGGCAUAUUCGAGUACGCGUUUUUUUUAAUGUAAUUGGCAACUUUUGACAGUAAAAUUCAACGUAAGUGAAUGGAAUUUUUUUUAAAAUCUCGAACCUUUUAGUUUUCGCGAUUUGAAGCUGAUGAGAUUGGAAAACCGUGACGUUAAAUGAGACUUGUGAUAGUCGUGCAGAAUUUGUACGACUAUGGAUUAGAUUAAGAAACGCAACUGAGAUUGGGUUAAAACCCCCAAAAAUUGUCGAUUUUGUGUAUGUAGAAAGUCUUCUGGCGAUAAAUAGGGUUUCUUUCUCCUGCCACGACUGUACUGACGCCAGAUUUACGCUGGGACGGUUUUGCAAUAUUUUUCUUGGCUGCCUGUUAUUGGGAUAAGGCAGGCCUAUCCCGUUAACAGAGUCUGCUUUAUUUGGUUAACCGAUGUAGUCCAAUUCGGGCGUCUACGUUUUUCAUGAUCAGGUGUUCUAUAAUGCAUCAUCUAUCCUUUCGGAUGUCUGUAGCAUUGCUUUCACUAUGUUAAGAAACGAGAUGAUGUACUUCACGUCUCCGGGUCUGUUGGAAAUAGAGAGGGAUAUCGUUGAUUAUCCUGUUGGUAGAAAGUCUGCAUUGGUGAAGUAACCGGAGUUGUCAGAUUUGUGCAUAUAUGUUGCCCAUGAGCGGGUACUUUAUAACACAUGAUGUAACCUUUUGGACGCAUGGAGGCACGUAGUCGGGCAGCUAAGAAAUCAAGUGCCGUAUUUGUCACCUCGAGGUCGGUGAGAAUUAACUGGGACAGUCCACUCACUUAACUGAACAGAAUAUGCGUAGAAUGUAGAGCUAAGAUUGUAGACUAACAUGAGGAAUGCGGAUACGAAAAGCAAUUUUUUUCCCAAGCACGCGCAAUACAAUGUGCAACAGAACGAAACGCACAGUAAACCACAAAAUAAACGGACCACGCGAGCGCGCGGCUCAAUUGUCGUCUGCGCAGUCUAAUGGUGAGCUGUCCGGAGUCGAAAGCAUUGUUCUGGCUGCAGAUGCCUGAGCAAUGCUCUCGAACCGGACGGCUCGCCACUAGACGGUGCACACGGCAACGUGGGCCAUUUUAUUUCGUGGACGACUGUGCAUGGCUUCCUGAAAAUCUGUUUGUUGUUCACAGAACGAAAACACGUUGUCCCGUGAAUGGUAAAACAUCGAAACCAGUUUCAAUGUAGCGUGGUAUUGACUGCUGUCUUGAGAAGGCGAUCGGCUUUUACGAGGCUGAAAUUAGUUUUUUCAGUCCGCACUAGCGAUCGAUGUUCUCCAGGUUCUGCGAGCUUUCCGCAGUUGUGAAGCUAACGAAUGCUGGUGAGAGAUAUUGGCUUUGCCGCGUAGACGUCGAAACAAAAAAAUCUCGAUCCUUUUUGACAAACGACCUUCUAUAGAGAAGGCCGAACCUCGGCCUAUUGCGGCAGGAAGAAGAAAGUGAACGAAGACUCCGCUGCCAGGUUUACCGAGCAUUCUAGGAGUAAUUCGCUUGAGGCUGUCGUAAAUCGAAUUUGCUUUUGCCCAAACCAGAAUGAUACGAGGACACACUGGCCAUGGGUAGUGGCUGUCGGUGGGCUUGCCAGGCUUUCCACUGCAAAGAAAGUUUACGCGACUGGCAAUUAUCGAGCUUGUGUCUUGCCUUUAAACGACAGUGUUAAACUGAUAGCCGUUUGAGAAAGUUUGACUCAGACACGCAGUGUAAAGGAGGAUCACUGUUAGGGCUGGAUAAGUCGUGCCCUGUUCCUUGGUGCAAUAUAUGUGCUCGGCUAUUUAAUUUAGUUUUAUUCUUUGUUGAAGAGGCAGUUCAGCUAAUGCAUAAGUGUAGACGUUCGUUUUAUAAUCAUAUUUAUGUAUAGAUGCGUUAAAGAAAUAAUUCAGGAAAAUACGGAGGAAGUAUGGUGCGAUUCGUCUAAAUCUGUUUUUAAUUAAGCCGUUAGAGCGAAGUAGAAAAUUAGAGUGAGUUGCUUUAGUGCCAACUGAUACAUCCUGUGCCUCAGUGCGGGUAAAAAAAAAGACUGGAAAUCUAGCAAGUUAAUAAGUACGUGUGAGGUAAAUCGUUAGUCUUGGGAAAACGCAGUGGCAGGGAUUAUCGACAGGAUAGUGUACUUUGAAAAAUUAUUCCAAGUAGUAUGGCAAAACGCUUAGGAAAAUACUUAGCUAGAAAACAAGUGUCAUUAGUAUGUGCAGUCUCCGAUAACGCAGCCGCCGAUAAGUGUGCCUUUUCGCUAUUCUUGAGAAAGCAGCAAGCAGUGGAAGUUGCAGUUCACGAGGCUGAGCUACUCAAACGUCGCGUAUAGCUGUGGGCGUCCGAGACUAAAUUACAGCGAAAUCGAUUGAACGCAGUGAAAUACAGGAUUUGUCACCUAUCAAUUAAACAAUGUUUUCCUCCGUAAUAACUGGAAGGCUAGCCUUGAGAAAGUUAUACUAUAUAUACGAUAGAUUUCUGGGAGCAUAUCGAUACAUCAGCAUUGUCUGUCAUCAAGCUUUACAACCAGUCGGCUUGCAUCGCAGGAUGCGUGGCGAGCCGUUUGCGUUCAGAAGAAUGUGUAUAACUGGUUUUGGUGCGUACGUCGCCGCGAUGAUACUUUUGGUGUCGUCGGUUAACUUGUAAAGAAAACCUAAGCAUUGUCUAUAGAAGGCGUAAACGAAGCCGUAGGAUAAGAAACUAGGCAGCACCGUAAGCGAAAGCAGGAAAUAUUGCUACUCUAUAAAUGAGAGAUAUGUCGCAGGAAAAGAUUUGAGAGGGUGCGGAAGCUACGCCUCUAGAAAGUAUAAAAAAGUACAUUGCAACUGGAGAUACAAGUGAGAUACAAGAUGACUAGAGAGAAAGGUAGCACCCACAUGGUGACCCUAAUAGCAUAAUCAACGCCCACUGAAAAAAGGCAGAAGUUCGGGAGAAGAGGUUGAAGAGAGAAAUAUUCUUGGACACGGGGUGUCGUUGUAGCCGAUGUUUGGACAAGGGGUCUUGUCUUCUUCAAGGCAACAUUGCCCAUCUUCCGCAGUGACAUCCCCUGUUCAAGAACACUCACAUCCCUCAGUGAAAUAGUACUACGGUGCAAAAUAAUCUAAAAUAAGCGAUAUGUUUCUACGUCAAGGAGGGUCUCAUUGCAUACCUGUAUACCCAGAAUUUAGCAGCUUUCAUUCCAUUUUCAGAUCGUAUUUAUGAUAACGUCGCCCGACUGUCUCUACAUAACCAAUCACUAAAGAAUCAUCUAUACGCAUUACGCUUGCAGAACAUUUCCGGCAUAUUUAGCUACUUUUUCAUAUUUACCGCUGCGCCUUUCAUCGAUCUGUGUAGUUAGGUAUCCAUUGAACGUUAUUGCGUAUUCAUCUACAUACCUAUUUGGAAUUAUACACGCAGAUAGUAUGUAUACCCAAGUUGAAACCUCAUAUAUACAGCGAGAACGUAGGCAACGCGUUUUUUGACAGCCGAAGUUAUUUUGAGAGGUGCCCUGGCAUUUUUGCUGCUGUUUUUUUUUUUCGGGGCCCUGUAUUACUGCCAUGAACAAUCACCAGUGACAACGCCAUUGCAUUUCUUCUACAGCUAGCAUAGAACACCAAGUUCUUAAAACAGAAUAAGUCGGGAAAGAAAUUAGUGGAACAAAGUCCCUACUCGGGUGUCUAGUCAAUAGGAAAUGUUUAAAACGCAGACAUACAAGUGACGUAUGUGAAUGGGUUUGGCUCAGGUCGAAGCGUUUCGUAAUAAAAGAUAAACGCAUGAGAUCAUCUGUCGUUGUUACGCUAAAUUUUUGAAGUAGGUUUCCCACCUUGGCUGGUUUUGGCUUGACGCUGCAUAUGGGAAGGUUUAUGAGGACAGCCAAGCGUCUUAUUCAUGUAGAAUAGCUGAUCGCAGUGUGUUUCAGUUUCACGAAAGGGCUGGGCGCGUUACCGCGAACCUCAUGGUGUUGAGAUGUUACGCCUAUUAAUAUGCGCUGAGUACAGGUCUCUUAUCGCAGUUAUUUCUUUAUAAUAGCGGAAGAAGGCAAGACAUAUUGUGUUUCUCUUUACAUGAAAUAAAAUCGGAAUUUCAAGACUGCCACCAUUGGGACCGUAUAUACUGCCUAACCGCAGUAAAAUUUCACAAGCAUAUGUAGAGGAAGACAGAUGUUGAAGAUUGCAGUUAGAUAUGCCUCAUUACUCCAAUAUUUGGUUGUGAGGCUAACAAGAAUUAAAAAUAGGAAAGAACGUAUACUGGAAUGAACAGCAACAUAUGUGAAGCGUACAGUAAUUGCGGGCCGUUUUUCACAUAUGAUUGGCGUAUGGUUGCAUGCAAUCUGGAAUGCUCGCUGGCUGAUGGUUUCCCGGGCUUUGAAGUUUGAAUACGCCAUUUCCUUCAUUUUGCUCAAAUGUAGCAUCACGCGUCAUUUUUUGCUGGUUAAAAAUAAGCCUAAGAUGUACCAUUAUUUGGCUCUGGGUAACAACGAAAACAUGAUGUAAGCGUCGCCUAGACGACAUUGCUUUAGACAUAGCUUUGCGAGUUUCUGUUACGUUUGAAUGCUCGCCUUUGCAACAUAAAUCGCAAUUCGUGUGAAUUGAAAUAUGUAUCAGUAAGGCUGUAGGAUUUUUCGCAAAUGCGCACCCUCCUACAGGAUGACAUUAAUCGACACAAGUGUUGCCAAGAAGAUAUAAGUGGCGUGCCAAAGUGUACAUUAACGAACUAGUGAACACCUAAAACUUAGCUGACCAGCAUAUGGUUUCCUGACCAAACGUACCUUAUGAAAUGGCACUGUGUAAUGCGUGCCAAUGAAAGUCCUGGGUAAAGGCGUCACAAGCUGGUGGUUACACAUAUUAUGAUAUAAUGCGUCGCAGUCACUGUACCGCACGCAUUUAAGCAAGUGUCGUGGGGCUUCAGUACGAUAUGACUUGCAUUUUUUAUGGCGGAUAAGCACAAAAUAAUUCCGCAAAAGGCUUAAGCGAGUCGCAUGUACCAAAAGUGAUGUCUCGGCAAUACUUGCGAGUAUGCGCAUGGCUACAUGUAGGAAGAAAAAGCUGUGUAAAUUCAAACGGUGUUGUUGAAGGUCCUUGUUGCUCUGUACUCUUUCCUGCGGCAUUGCCUUGCUCCUUCCACGCCUUCAUGACAUGUGAAAAACUUUUUAUGCCAUAUUGCCAAGGUAGAUUUAGAGGCGUAGUAAAAGCGUUUUUUUUUCCUUUUUAGUGUUUAAAUUUUGACUGUUGACAACCUUGGAGGUAGCCAUCUCAAAAGAGUCAGCUGCAACCAUUUAUAACUGGUGUCGUCAAGAUAACAGAACUAGUAGUGCCGCGGUAGCUGAACUAAGGUCCAGGAUUGAUCGUUACUUUCGGUUUCAGAAAAUCAGCAUUUCCUGCAUGAUGUUUGUCGAACGUCAUAAAUUCUGUCGUCGACGAUAUCUAAGCAUUUGUCUUUGUAUUUCGAAAAAUAACUCUUUCAAGUAAAAUUUAAUGUGUUGUGUUUUUCAGGCCGCUGAUCUACGCGUGUCUACCAAUAUGCUGCGAGUGGUUUGUUCCGAUGGUGUUCAAAGCGUUUUGACCUGACUUAUGAAACGGCUAGAGUUUCGUGUUUGCGCGAAUAUACAACCAUGAGCAUUCAUUGAGCCAUGAAUGUUCAUAUACAAUGAAUACUGCCAGCCUGCACGCUGAAACUGAAGAAAAACUAAAACGAACGUGAGACCAACACUGACAUAAUCACCACAUCGUGAUGAACCCGUACUGCUGACACAAAACCCUCACAUUCAUGAGAAAUAAAUGGUAGUUCAAAACUAAUGCACCAUGUACGGACCUCACAGAUAAAAAUGCGGCAAUUUAGGGCUAAGUAAGGCACGUAUUUUUGGUUCCACCGCCUUGAGGUCUCUCUACAUCGGCGUAAUUUUGACGCGAAAACUUACGUCAGACCCAGCCUUAUUUUUAGCGGCCAGUUUUGUAGCGACACAGCGCGGUUCUCUGGAGCAAUGACGUGUACGAGUCUUAGUCUCGAAUUCUCCGAUGUCGUGCUUCAAUCGGUGAAGACUGUACAACAAAUGCGGCACCUGAUACUUUAAAUGCGAUCUGUUGUCGGUCGGUUGGAUGCGAAGCGAAGUUGUAAUGUUCCAGGUGACCUUCUUCUAGCUUCAAAGUUUACAGUGAUUGACCGCACAUGUAGGCAUGCGACAGUCAGUGACGUCGCCGCGGUAUCACGUGACAUGCCUACAUGCCUCGUGCUGAAAUGUUUUUGACACUUUCGCCACUUGUUCGAGCUGUCGUGCUGUCACUCUAGUCGCGUUUAUAGGCAAGCGUCGUUGUGUUCCCACAACUUUUUUCGCGGUUCUUUCCCCGAACAUAUACGACCUAUGCAACGCCGAACAGCAAUAUCUGUACGCCAAGAUUGUGCUCAAUAAAGGCACCGUUAUAUUCCUUA